AACAAUUGGAGCUUCAGUCCAGUGGUUUGGACCAAAAUAAUCCAGAGGACACACAGACUUGCCAAUAUUACCCAGAGCUCAUCAAUUAAAAACAGAUGGAAAAGCAGCAUGAAAAUAACAGUACUUCAAACCCUGACCAUGGCAAACAAGUUGCUAACCAACAAAGAUAAAGCGAACACCUCUUCACUAUUAGCCUUUAGACUCAAACUGUUGAGCAGAACGUUACCAUCUAAACAACUACUACACAACCGUUACCCAAGCACUUAUACCGAUAGUCUCUGCCCUAGGUGCCUUACAGCAGUGGAGACUCAGAGUCACAUCUUUGAUUGCUACAAAAACAUCACAGCGUACAGCAUAAUGGAAAACAAGAUAAGAACAAGUCUGAUAAAGCUCAUAAGAAAAAAUAAUAAUAGGAAGAACCUAACAGAAAUCGAAAGAAAUCUGCAAAAAUUAGACUUUGGCCGAAAAUCUAAUCUGGACAAACUUGCUAGCGGAAUGCUAAACAUAGACAUACAACUAUCUAUCGCCAGCCAUGCCAAGAUGGCAAACAAAAUACUAGCCUUAUUAUACUCACAGAUAUGGAUUCCAAGAUCAGCAACUGCUAACACAUCUGAAAGGAUAAAAAUUUGCUUGAGCUAA